AUAUAUAUAUGCAUAUUUAUAUAUAUAUAUGCAGAGAUCCUCACACUGCGUAUGCCAGUGUGUGGUAUUUACCUUAGAAGCAGGCUUUUACCCUGGAUUUAGAUCACAGACUUAUUUUAGUAAAAUGAGAAAAGCUACUUUAUAGAAAUACAUAGUAGAUAGGAAAGGUAUACCUACUUCUAACUAAGUUGGAGGCGCAAUGCCCAGACUUGAGUACUGCAUUGCCCUCUUGGCUCAGGAAAGAGAGCAAAGACAGAGAUGUCUCCUCUCUCCUUGGAUAGUUGAAGAAGGCAGAGCAGAUAAGUUUCCCUGAGCAUAUCAGCUUACAAUGGAAGGAAGUUAGGCAGAGAAGAGCACAGGUAAAGGUCAGCUGGAGGACCUAAGUCUAUCUUCCUUCUGGAAUACAAACAACCCGACCAGGAGUUGCUCUUGCCCCACUUUCAACACUAUGUAUGGAAAUAUCUUGAGCCAGCAGUGCUGGCGGCUGUCCAUGCAAACUGGGGGUCUUCCUUUCUGGUGUAUGAUCCAUCGUAGUGGCCCUUGUUUUUUAAGUGUUUUACUUAUAAUUUUAAUGUUUUUAAACUGUUUAAGAGAUUUUCUACAAUCAAGUGGUAUAUAAAUCUUGUUCAAUAAAUAACCCUUCUAGAGGACCACAAGUUCCCCAUCCCUGCUCUAAAGGUAACAGGGCCUCCAAUUACAAACACAAUGUGGGGGUAGAUCCAUAUGGGAGAAGGGAGUCCUCCUGCAUGAGUUGCUGUUCUGGGUGUGCCUCUUUAAUGGAGAGCAGUGGCUUGUGCAAUGGGCAGCCUUUCUCUCCAGACAAGUAAUUCUACUGCCUCUCUGAAUGGGAAGUGAUUGACAGGUACUAUCUGUGUUCUGUGCACAGAAGUAAUGCAGAUGACCUACCAUUGGUGUGCAGUGUUGAACUCUGACUUCACGCUUGGCUCCAAAUUUGAGCUUCAACCCUGGUAACUUAGCAGGGUUAUAUAUACACAUGACUCCCUGGCAGGGUUUUUAACACAGCCUAUAGCAGGAUUUCUCUUAGUCCAAGGGAAACUAGAAUCUGGAUUGUGUUUUAGGGAACAGGACACAGUUAAUUUCUUAUGCCUGACUAGAAUCUACCUAGCAGAUAGAGACUGAUUGGAAGCGGGGAAGGCCAGAGCAACAAAUCUUGCAGAGAUGCAGUGGGCAUCCUCUUCUGUGUUAGGGCGCUAGCCAUGGCCAAUCCAAAGGGCUUCAUCCCCUGCUUCCCCUCCACCCCCUUUCUCCCCAAAUAUGCCAAACAUGGAGGUGUAAUAUGGGCUGAAAAGGCCUUUCUUCUGCCCUGUUCCAUAGUAUGAAACACCAGUCAUCUGGCAAUGAUCACCUCCUGACCUAAAGAUAACACUGGUUGUGCAUCAUGCGCCUUAAAGAGCAAAUCUUUACCAGCAUUUCCCCUUUAAUUAUGGUGGAAUGCCUGUACAUCAAAGCUGCAGCAGUUCUAUUGGCCAAGCUGCUGUUGCCCAGGCAAUGAUUGUGACUAAACACUUGUCACAGGAGCCUGAGACUCCAGCUGCUUAAUGAGCCCUGGGAACCUGCAUCUCUCGGAGGAAAUAAAGCAGAUCUGAUCACAAGAGAAAAUAAUCUAUAAGGCGUUUUUAAGCAGGUAGCUGAAUGGUCAAGCAUCUUCUGUGGGAGCAGAGGACGUGCUGACAAAUGCAAUGUUCCUUCCUUGAUGAUUAUUUCUCAGAGUAACAGGCACCCACUUCCUCAUGCCAGAAACUGCAUGUUUAAUUCUUUGCAUUUGUAGCAGAGUGCAGAAGAAACAGAGGGACUAAAGGAAUGCAAGGGAACAGGCUCUUUCAUGCGUUUCAUCUCUUUUGGCACAUCGCGAUGUGCAGGCGAAAAUGUUUCGAAGCGUAUGCUGCAAACUGCAAUGAAUGAAUGUGGCAAAGAUGCCUUUGCAAACGCAGACAUCACCCAGGGCCAUCGCAAACGCAUGCUUUGUAUGCAAAAGGGGGCCAGGCUCAAUCCCAGCUAUCUCCAGGUGGGGUUGGGAAAGUCUCCUGAAGUACGGCUGGCCAAUUACUGCUAACAGUACUGAGCCAAAUGGGCAAUAGUCUGACUUGGUAUAAAGCCCCUUCCUAGGAGCUAGGAUUAGUUGCAGCUCCCUAUCGAGUGUACUCUCAGCGACAAGCGAGGGUUGUCCAUAAGGUUCCACUUAAGACUGACAACUGGGCUUUGAUAUCAUUUCCAAGAUUAGCAGAAGCAGAGGAGAUUAGGCCAAACAGGGGAUCUCUGCCAAUUUGCUUGAUUUACAUCAUGCAAAGAAGUCAAAUUAUGGACCAGAAUGCCCAGUGACAGUCCUUAUGAUUCUGUGCUGUUAUUUCCUUCUCUUUCUAGAGCUGGGGACAAUGGAGGAGUUGACCACCGACGGGGAAGGCGAAGAUGCAUCCACGGAAGGCAAAGACGCAGUUCCAGAAGCCAUGAGGAAGAAAGUGGACUCGAUUGUGGAAGAUGUGCUCAAACAGGCAAUGUGCACUAUUAGGGACCUACAGAAGAAAGAGGAAGUUCCAGGAAUCAAAUAUCAAGUACCAAACAUUAAGUGGAUUAAAUGUGCAGAAUUCACAGUAGGCAAAGGACUGCUGCAGAUUGAGGAAUAUUUAAAAACGUGGGAGCUUCAUGAGAGCUGGCUACAUUGGACAAACUAUCUCAGCGAUGAGGAACUGGAGUAUUCUAUGAGAUACCAUUACCGGGUCCGCUGGAGCAUCCCGACAUGUAGGAAGCCCAUCCCACGAGCAACAGCAUCUGUCUAUUUCAUCAUAGAGGUUUCCAAAAUCAAACCAUCGACAUUACCUGUUGAAGUAUACUUUCUGGUAGAGACGAACAAGCUAAUUCACAGGCCAGGAGAGUCUCGCUUCAAAGAAAAAUGGCUCAAAGAUGUGAUUGAAAGCAAAAUCAGCAUCAUGAAGACGAUCACCUUUUAAUUCCUUUACAAUUGUUAAAGAUUAAAAACUCUUCUUUAGGUAGGAUUCCUUUUUGUAAAUAAAAG